CGGUGAGCCGCGCGGCCUAGCCCGGCGCUGUCAUGGCGGAGCCCGGCGCGGCGGAGCGGCGCUGGCUGCAGGCGGCUCGGGACUUCGCCCGCCGAGCUCUCCCUGCCCGCGAGGGGCCUGGCGGGCUGGAGCCGCCGCCGCUGGACGCGGUGCUGCGGUGUCUGCGGAGCGCGGUAGGCGGGGACCUGCCGCUCGGCUACAGUUUCAUCUCCAUCUCUGACCUACAGCGUCAGCAGUGCACACCAUGCUGCAGCCACCUGACCUGGAGCACUAAUGAAUUCAAAGAAUGGUCCCAUCGAGGACAAGAUUCUUUACCCAUGUACAGUGCUUUGCCAAGGAGUUACCUGAUUUUGGUUGGCUAUUUAACAGAUGGAAGGCAAGAGGACAAAGAGAAAUUGGUAGAUGGUUGCCUAUAUGUGAAAGACAGUACUGGGAUAAUUCCAUGUGAGCUCCUGCAUUUUGAACUUGAGUGGCUGGAGUCACUGUUUCUCUUCCCAAGCUGGUCGUACAUACCACAGACAGACCAGCAUGCGGGGUAUAUGGAAAUCCUGAUGGAUCCAGUGCCAGUAAAUCUCCCAAAGGAAGUACCAGACAGCAUUCCAGUUGCCUACCCUACAGCAGUGGAGCCACUGCUUACCUCCAGGAUUCCAUGUAAGAAAAGGUCAAAGCUCACUGUGGCAGGUGAAUUAGUCAGACUGGGGCCUCUCCUUUGUAUUCGUCACAAGACAUUCUUCUUUUUGUUUCUGAAGUGCUUCACCUCAGCUGUUUGGGUCCCUGUGCUGGUGCAGAAGUCCAGCCAGCUGGCAUGGCAUCAUACCCUCCAGUUGGGUCACAGGUACUCAAUAACAGGCCUGAGUAUGUCCAGCCUGAAGAAAUCUGGACUAAGGAUGUUUGUCACCAGUGUUUCUUCCUGCCUUCUGCCCUACCGUGCAGAGCAGAUGAGGGAGCAGCCACUGGACAGUGUUUGGCAAGGAGAAUAUACUCAGUCUUCUUUCCUUGAGACUGCUGAGCAGCUCAGUGAUUCCUUGGAGCUGGGAGUUGAAGAGGAGAGGCCGGGAUCAACCAAAGAGUCCAAGAUCAUUUCGUAUUUGGGAACUAUCACCAAAGUACUCAACGUACAAGCUGGUCUCUUUUUACUGGAUAACAAAGUCUGCUUGUGCCUUGCUUACCAGCAGAUGUUGCAUUCUGCACGUGGACUCCGACCUGGAGCAUGUGUAGAGCUCAUCGAUGUCCACCUCCUGCAGAAGCCUCUGCUAUCCUUCCCUUUUGUUGUACUUGGUGCUUGCCUGAGCAGCACUGUUUUGCUGAAGAGUUUUUCAAGGCUCAGCACCCCCUACCAGCCUCCAGCCUCUUCAGGAAAUCUGUACCUACAGCUGCUCUUCCGCUACAAUCUUGGUAUGCCACUUUACCUCUGGCUGGUGAGCCUCUUGGAGACAUUUGUGGAGAGGUUUUCUUGUUUCUGUGGGCACCAUCGACUGUUACAUAUGCACCAAAACCCUGGAGCUGCUGAGAAGUUUCUUGUCCCCCUUCUGCAAACUGUGGUGCCCAAUAGAGAGGAAGCAAGAGAUAUUUAUAAUGAAAUCCUAGGAAAAACACACCACUGUCCCCUGCAGAAGUAUUUGACCCUGAAUCCUCCAUGCCAGGCCCCAUCUUUGUCUGCAGUUUGGCAUGUGGCAGAACAGAAGAGCUGGGAAGGCUUCAGCCCAUCACAGCUGCUCUCCCCCCUGGAGGCACAGCACAUGGGCACCCAGGAACUGAACCGCAGACUGGCCUGGUCCUACUGCACACUAUCAGCAGGAAGUUUCCAGCCCCGACUAGUACUACUGGGUGUGCUGAGAGUCUCCUCCAGGAGCAGUUCCCUCCAGCUGCAGGACAAGAGUAGCACACUUCCCUGUGUGAUAUCCCAAAAGGAUGGUAGCCCCUUUGCCCAUACAGCUUUCAUAGGAUCGCUCUUGCAGGUGGAAAACUACCAGCUCAUAGUGGAGAGAUUCCUUCAGACUGAUUUUCCCUCCUGGGAGCACCUGGCAAAUCUGGAGCACGUGAGGGAGAAAAAACACAGUGUCUAUGUGCAGUUCUACUUAGAGGAUGUUCAGGUUCUCCGUGCUGCUGAAGGACAAAUCCAGGAAGAUCUUGGGGGUGGAAACAGCUCCUCUGGGAGGAAGAAGGAUGAUGGCAGCUUAACAUCUGAGCUGAAAACCCCAGAGGCAAAAAUGCUGAAACUGGAGGAUCCCGAGCCAGAUACUCACAGAGAUGAGAACUGUCAGGAGUCCCAGAACAACACUAGAAGAGCCAGCUGUGUGUCUCGCCUAUUCUUGGUUACCCAGAAGGAGGGUCUUAUGUUACGCAAUUACGGUCUACCCAGAGAAGAAGAUGGAAAAGGAUGGGAGCUGCAGCACAGUUUCCAAGCCACUGUGCUAUGGCUGGGCAGACCUCGGCUCUGGAGCCACCCCAGAGAAGUGAGGAAUCUACCAAAGCUGGAGAAGAUGAGCUGUGAUGGAGAAGAGGGCAUGACACGGCAAGAAGCACUGCUGCUCUUUAUGGGGAAGUCUCUACGAUGGUUUCCGUUUCUGCAUCUGGAUGGACUGUAUCACUUCAUUGUGCCCCACUGCUCGGACUUGGAAGUGUUUGACAAGCUCUGCUUACCACCUGUGCCAGUAAAAUUCUUGAGCAGGUCAUCCUGCCCCUUGUGCCUGCCUGUCCAGGAUACCUGGCAUUUAAAGCAUGAAACAUGGAUCUCCUGCCUGCCUGAGCACCAGCUGGCAGCAAGGGCAGUGCUGACAGGCAUGGACCAGAGAAUUUCCUCCAUUCCAGAAGUACUUAGCAACAGUUUCACAGGUUCCCUUGUUUCUUUCUCCGGUGACAUAGUGGAGAGGACCUUGUGUGCCUCUCCCAAGAAUGAGAAGCCACCUGCAAAUGUCAACCUUCAAAAGCAGAAAGGGAGUCUGCUAGCCAGGGAACACAGCGUGAAGCUCAGCGUCUCGGUUGCUCCAGGCUCCCCUGUUGUGCUGGAUGUUUAUAUUGCUGCCACUUACCUGCAGCAUCUCUGGGGGUUGCUGCCUGGAGCCAAGAUCCUCUUCCAGAACUUGGAACGCAGAAUCUCAAGAUUCCGUAAUGUUUAUUGCACAUACAUUGCCUCCAGCUGUGUGAGCAUCAUAUCUCUGCCAGCUUCUCGCCUAUCUUUUCCUUCCAGUCUUGCAGGAGAAGCCUCAUCCCCCUCACUAGUGUUUCUAUCCAGCUUGCAUCCUCACCUGCAAAACCUGCCCCAGGCACAGAUCUUAUGCCACUUGUCCUGUGUACUGACUCUGUCCCUGCAAUGGGUUUGCUCACUUUGCAACAGUGUCUUCAAAGAGGGGAGGUGCACCCGAAACAGUCCACCGUGUCCAUCACACAUAGGAGUGAGGCAAGCCAGUGCACGGGUGCUGGUGGAGGAUGGAACAGGUGAAGCUUUGGUGCUGUGCAGGAACCAGCACGUGGCAGCAAUGCUGAGCCUGAGCCUUCUCGAGUGGGAAGCUCUGCAGAACUGUGUGCAGAGCAGGGGCACAGUGUCCAUCCAACAUGGAGAAGCUACUGGCACAGGGGUGAGUGGAUUCUGGCAGGGAUUGCAGUGUGCUGGGCUGCAGGCGUUCCAGUGGCUCCUUGCCUCCCUCUACAAUUCACUGGCAACACACCCUUUCCUUCCUCAGUGUGUAGAGGAACCUGAGGAUCUCAUUGCUUGCUACCUAAGGAGCCUGUGCAGGAGUCCUCUUAUCUGUCGCCCUAUCCUGCUGGAUUUCAGCCUAGACAGGAAGGCCUCCAAGAUCCCACAGACUGCUCCACUGCAGCUGAGAAAUUUUCGGUGUGGUGAAGUGGAGUUUGUGUCACAAGUGGAACCUCGGCCAAACCUGCUGUGCCUGAAUGUGCAGGAAGUGGAACAAGACACCUUAAGCUAUCUGAACAGCAAGAGGAUCAUGAGGACAUCAAGUCACUGCUGAGUGGGAACCACUGCUUAACAUCUCUCCCAGUGGGAGAGGAAUCACAGAAAUACCUGCUGGAAGUGGGAGGUUUUUUUAAAUCUCCUUUCCAGUGGGAGCACAGACACGUGAGCAAAGCAUGAAGGGUGCAAUCAAGAAGCUGCUCUGCCUUCUGUAAUUCUUUGAAUGGUCAUUCUGGACCAUUGUCUUCAGCAAUACUGGGCUAUGUUUUGGAAGAGAUGUUUGUUACUUCCUACAUGAUAGCCAUUGGUUUGGGUCUAGGGCACACAGUGUGUGUAUUUUAUGUGGUAGUAUCUACUAAAUAAAGCUCCUGAAAUACA